GGCCCCUUGGUGGCAGUAUAUCUCCGACACGAUCGUUUGUAGACCGCCAUGAGUGAUACCAAAGAAGAAAAACAUGUUAUUGCUAGCUUUAGGUAGCGUGGCUGCAGUCAUAUCAAGGAGUGUAUAGUUAAAGACCUGUGUAUUACAACUAAAAUGUCAGUGGUCAAUAGCUAAUUAACAGGGGACGAGAAUGAAUCGACAACAUGAUUCGUGUUAUGAUUAUGGUCACGGAAGCUUCAUACCAACCCUGCGAAGUACAGAAACCGUCCAAGGUCUCACACAACACACAAAACUCCCAACUGUAAGCCCAUCAUCUUACAACUCCCAGCAAACACGCAACUCUGAAAAAACUGAGCUCUACGAUCCAUGUGACCCCGGCUCUUCAUCGGACUCAUCGGAGGUUGAGCUGACUAGAAGUCCACCAAGGUUUACCCUGUCUAACUGGGUUACAUAUCCUAACAAUGGUGAAUCAGAAUGUAGCGGAAGAGACAAAUCCAAGUCUCCAUCAGAAGUCCCAAGGAAGAGAAGCAGAAGCCCAAAUGACGACAUAGCCAGGGAUUCUUUCACCUGUGACAUGUGUAACUUGGAAUUCCCUAAAGCAACCAGCCUUGGGUUGCAUUUGAAGUGCAGUGGUCACUGGGAGAUCAUGGAACAUGUCCAGAAUCUAAGCGACUACGAUGACACCACAGUUGCCUUUUUACAUGAGGCUAUGUUAGCCAAAGUCCGGCAAGGUGAUAAACCUCAGAUAAACAAAGAAGCUGUUAGAGCGUUGCAGGACAAGGAAUACAUAACAGUGGUGGAGAUGUUACACUGCGCCCCGUGCCAAGUUUCCCUCUCCAUGCAUCCUUCGGCUCUGCAGGAUCACCUGAGCUCCAAAGACCACCUGAGAAAGAAAAUGGAACAUAGAGCUAAACAGUUACGGGACAGUGUGAACUUUGCAAAGGCCACCAUAAAUCAAAUGAAGGCUGAGUAUGCAAGUUUCCUUGAGGGCAAGGAUCCUUUUCAACAGACAACAGAGGGCCUUCAGAAGCAGUAGAUUAUGUUAGCCAACUGCUAGUAUUUACUAUGGACAGCCAACAACCACUCAUCAAAAACAACUGUAGAAAAAGACCAAAUGGACUAACUGACCUGAGCAUUGAUAUGCAGUUUCAUUUACCUGUGACACCAAUACUGGUACCGAAUACCAGUAACUGAAUUACAUGUAGAGGAUGAAUCUUAGUUUAUUAUUUUGUUUAAUGUAGAAAUUGUUUCAUGUAAUAACACAGCUAAAUGUUACUGAAAAGUAGUUUUUUUUGAACAUUUUAUUUUUAAACAUUUUAUUAAAGAAUACUUGCAAUGUCUUUCCACAAUAGGUUUUUGACCCUGAAAUAACUUGAAGACCGAAACGCACUCAAUUCAGACACUUUCACUUUCCCCACAUUGUAAUAGACUUAAAUUAUAAUUGAUUCAAUUUAAAACAAAAUUGCCAUCAAUCAGGCACACAUGACCAACUGAUGUUGAAGCAGAAACAUCGAAACUUGUGCCAAUUUAUGACCCAUCCAAUGUACAAUGUCUUUUUCCAUGACACUCCAAAUUUAACUCUGAUGCCUCCUGUGCCCUUUGAACCUCCUUGGCAAGGAGAUACUCGGGUCAGGGAUGUGACCAAGAACCCAGGGGCCAGUCUAAUGGCUUCAGACUUUCUCUGCAGAGAUCGAAACAACGUAUGACAUGCCACUUGAGGGACCCUUGGAGUAUGAGGGGGGGGGGGGAAUCCCAAGUCUGGCAGAAAACUAGGUACCGUUCAUCACUGAAAGCCAUCUUUACAGUGAAGCAUGGUGGUGGGUGCACACAGCCAAAACAAUGCUGAACUGGCUUUGGGACUAGACUGAGUGUCCUUGAAUGGGCCAGUCAAACCCACGCUUGGAACCACAGAAAUCGGUGGAAAGACCUGAAGAUUUAUUUACAGACGCUCCCAUUCAACAAGGCUUGAGGAUUUACAUGGAAGAAUGGGAGACACUGGCCGACUAGAUGGAUGCUCAAGAAACUGGGAUUUCUUGCUGAAGGCAACUGUACUAAAUAAAGGGUAUGAAAGAU